AUGUCAAAAUAUUGCAAACUUGGUCCUGUUCUUGACGAACAAGCCCGACAGGCGGGUUAUCCGCCGGGGCAUGCAGAAGAAAUGAGAAUUGCAAUCCGCAAUAUCACAAUGCCUCGCCACAAGGCUAUCUUGAAGGACGAGCUCAAUUUACCGCUUACUAACAAGCACAUUGACUGGUAUGGCUGGAAGCAUCUCUUCCCACCAGGCAACCCAGCCUUCCCAGUUUCCGAACCCCAAAGAGCAAAGGGUCACGCAGUUCUACUUGCCGCGUUCGAGAACAUGGGUCUUCCAUCAGAUCCAAAUGGCAUAAAUACAUCGACGCUUCUACUUGCUGGUCCACCGGACCUUACCACCAAUCCGAUCGGCAGUACGCUGUCUGCUCAUGGGCGCGGCGGCCACUUUGGAGGAUCAAAUCGACCACGCCCUAUACCACACUCUACCAUUCUAGGGAUUUCACCCAGUGACAACGAACAUCGACAGAAGCAGCAGCCGCAACAAACGGCUAGCAGAGGUCGCGGCGGAUCACGUGGAGGUCGAGGUGGAGGCAUGGUACCAACCCAUAGCUCCCAUGCGACUGACAGACGACAUCUUCACUGGCCGUGGAGGGAUGAAAGCGGAGAUAUCGAAUUCGAGAUUCCCAUAUACACUGUCUUUAAAUGCUACUUGUACGGUGCUGAUCGAAAAUCGAUCAGUGCUGUCGAGGGGUACUUCAAGGUCACCAUCGAAGGGGAAUAUCCAGUCGCUGACGAUAAAAUUUUCUUCCACAUAUGGGUUCAGGCGCAGGAGAAAGUGCAGUCUGAGUCGCCUCCGUAUCAUCGAGCUCAGAGUGCGUAUGCAUUUCUGCUUGAGUACGAGAAGCAGCUCCGUUGGGGAUACAAGCGCAAUGGUCUGAGUCCAUAUAUCGACGAUUUCUUGUUCGAAUACAAUCAGAAAGGCUACGUCACAGUCCCAGAUCGCAUCUUCGCAGAAGUGACAAAACACACCGCAAGCUCUUCACUUAAUGCAGGACCGCAAUACCACCAAGGUGUCACUUUAGAGCCGCAGACUUCUGGACCUUCACUGGCGAACAACAAUAACACAAAUACCGCGACGGUGAGCCCUACAGCUCCUACAGCUCCGAAAGGAAAUAAGAGAAAGUGGGAAUACUUUGUAGAAGCCACGGAAACACAGAGCGAGGCUAGCAAGAUCGAUGCACAGAAGGAAAUCAAGCGCCGCCUUGUAGACGAGGAGGUCACUGGGCGUUUGAUGCUCUCCAAAGACCAUAUGCUAUCACAGGUCGACAAAGCCGUUGCAAAACUUCGUUUUAUUAUGAUGGAGGUCUUUGAUAAUCUUCCCGUUGGACAUAGUUUCUUUGCCCAAUACUCGCAAUUGCUUGCACAAGAUGGAGGCAACUUCCAGAAGACAGGCAGUGGUCAGGAGUCUCCACCAGAGAGGGCCGAGGGUGAAAAGAAGAUUAUCGAGGAGGGCCUGAACACUGAUGACCACAUGGACUCUGAUGAAGAAUUGAGGUGGUACGGUCUGGCUGGAUCUCCUUGAUGUGCCUAAUCUUUCACUCCAUCUCACACCUCACAUCUCUAACGCACCCAUCUACAUCAGAUGAGCACCUUAAGGUUGCUCCUGCUUUGAAAGCAGUACUGUUCUGGAACAGUGGUUCGUGUCGAACCUUGUAGAUAGUACAGAUUCUUGAAGAAUCUCUUGCGUGUUUGCAAGCAUCUCGUGUUG